AUGGCGACCAACAAUAUGCACAACCUUACGACGCUCAUCAAGAGGCUUGAAGCGGCCACUGCAAGGCUUGAGGACAUUGCCUCGUCGACCAUCGAGCUACCCCAAGCCGCGCCUGCACCAGGCCAGCCCAUUCUGCCAUCGCCUCCUACCGCAUCGAGUACAACGACACCUGCUGCUGCUGCUGCCCCUCAACCACUGCCCGAAUCGAUUCAAGAGUUUGACAUAUUCAUUACUACUGCUGUCGAGAACUAUGUCAAGAAGUCCAAGCAACUUGGCGGUCUGCUUGCUGAUCAGGCUGCCAAAGUUCUCGCCGGUUUCCAAGCUCAACGCACGUAUCUGCUCAUUACGACGAAGGCCAAGAAGCCCGACCUAAAUGGGGCCGAACAUAUCGCGCUUCUGAAUCCGAUCAAUGAAGCCCUGAUUUCUGCCACCGAGAUCAAGGAAGCUAACCGGCCGUCGCCUGUCUUUAGCCAACUCAGUGCCGUCGCCGAGGGCAUCAUGGUACUCGCUUGGGUAACUGUGGAUAACCGUCCAUAUAAGCAUGUAGAAGAAUCUCUUGGGUCGGCCCAGUUCUUCGGAAACCGGGUGUUGAAGGAACAGAAAGACAAGGACCCUCAGCAAGCCGAGUGGGUUCAUAGCUUUUACCAGGUUUUCCGCGACCUGGCCGAUUACGUCAAGCAGUACUUCCCGAACGGUAUACCUUGGAAUCCGAAAGGACAGCCUGCCCAGGAGGUGGCCAAGACUUUGGUUACAGCCUCGUCAAUGGCAGCGCCACCGCCUCCUCCCCCUCCCGCCGGCAGCUUGCCGCCGCCGCCGCCGCCGCCGCCUGGCCCGCCACCUGUACUGGACCUAAGUAAUGGGGAAGCUCCUGCUUCGGGUCAGGAAAGGGGAGGCCUUGAUGCUGUCUUUUCCGAGCUUAACAGAGGAGAUGCCGUGACCAAGGGCCUCCGAAAGGUUGACAAAUCGGAGAUGACUCACAAGAACCCAUCUCUACGAGCUUCCUCCAGCGUUGUCCGAGGCAAGAGCCCGGCCCCUGGAAAGAAGCCAAAGCCCGAGAGCAUGCGCAGCAAAAAGCCACCCAGGAAGGAGCUUGACGGAAAUAAGUGGACAAUUGAGAACUACGAUAAAGAACUACAGCCGAUUGAGAUCGAAGCGUCCAACAACCAUUCUUUGUUGAUUAGCAGAUGUAACAACACGACGAUCAUCAUUAAGGGUAAGGCCAACGCCGUCACCAUUGAGAACUCCAAUCGUCUAUCGUUGAUUGUCGACUCUCUCAUCUCCACGGUGGAUGUAGUCAAGUCACAGAAUUUUGCCUUGCAAGUCAUGGGGGUCAUCCCUACGGUUAUGAUGGAUCAGAUCGAUGGUGCCCAGAUUUACUUCAGCAAGGAGAGUACGUCCACCAAGAUCUUUACGAGCAAGUCGUCGGGUGUCAAUCUGAACGUCAUUUCGGGUCCUGAUGGCGAUUCGAAGGAAGUCCCACUGCCCUAUCAGAUUUGCUCUUACUACGAUGAGGAGAAGGACGACCUUGUGAACGAGAUCGUGUCACACGCCGGUUAG